AUGGGAAGCUGUGUUUCAUCGCCAUUGAAAGGUUCUCCUUUUGGGAAGAGACCGGUAAGAAGGCGACACAAUAGUCAUAGCAAAACAUCAUCAUCUAAUCCUAAAUUAACUAAUCUUUCCCGGAGAUUGCUUUUCCAGCCACCUAGCCGUGUUCUUCCUGAGCCCAUUGGAGAUGGCAUCCUCCUCAAGUAUGAACUGGGCAAAGAACUUGGCCGUGGUGAAUUUGGUGUCACACACGAAUGCAUUGAGAUCACUACUCGGCAAAGGUUUGCGUGUAAGAGGAUAUCGAAGGAGAAGCUAAGAACAGAGAUAGAUGUUGAGGAUGUAAGAAGAGAGGUUGAGAUCAUGAGUUGUCUACCUAAACAUCCUAAUAUCGUGACCUUCAAGGAAGCUUUCGAGGACGAAGACGCAGUCUAUCUUGUCAUGGAGAUUUGUGAAGGUGGUGAGCUUUUUGACCGUAUUGUUGCCAGAGGGCACUACACUGAACGUGCAGCUGCAUCAGUUGCUAAAACCAUUCUUGAAGUUGUCAAGGUAUGUCAUGAACAUGGAGUGAUUCAUAGAGAUCUUAAACCUGAGAACUUCCUCUUUUCAAAUGGAACCGAGACUGCACAGCUUAAAGCUAUUGACUUUGGUCUCUCCAUUAACUUCAAACACGGCCAACGGUUCAAUGAGAUUGUGGGAAGUCCUUAUUACAUGGCUCCAGAGGUAUUGAGAAGAGACUACGGUCCUGAGAUCGAUGUCUGGAGCGCUGGUGUUAUACUAUAUAUCUUGCUUUGUGGUGUUCCUCCUUUUUGGGCAGAAACUGAGGAAGGAAUCGCGCAUGCUAUCGUGAGAGGGCACAUCGAUUUCGAGAGAGAUCCAUGGCCAAAAGUGUCUAAAGAAGCUAAACAACUCGUUAAGAACAUGCUUGAUGCAAACCCUUAUAGCAGACUCACAGUUCAAGAAGUUCUUGAACAUCCAUGGAUCCAGAAUGCAGAGAGAGCACCAAAUGUGAAUCUUGGAGAUAACGUGAGGACCAAGAUUCAACAGUUCUUGUUGAUGAACAGGUUCAAGAAGAAAGUUCUCAGGAUCGUAGCAGACAAUCUACCAAACGAGGAGAUAGCAGCGAUAGUACAGAUGUUUGAAACCAUGGACACUGACAAGAACGGCCACUUGACUUUGGAGGAGCUAAGAGAUGGACUCAAGAAUCUUGGACAACUUUGUCCCGAUGGUGAUGUGAAGAUGCUAAUGGAUGCAGCUGAUACAGAUGGAAACGGAAUGUUGAGCUGUGAAGAGUUUGUGACACUAUCAAUACAUUUGAAGAGAAUAGGCUGUGAUGAGCAUUUGCAGGAAGCAUUCAAAUAUUUUGACAAGAAUGGCAAUGGGUUUAUCGAGCUAGACGAGCUAAAAGAAGCUCUUUUCGAUGAUAAGCUAGGCCAGGGAAACGACCAGUGGAUUAAAGAUAUCUUUUUUGAUGUUGACCUCAACAAGGAUGGAAGGAUAAGCUUUGAUGAGUUUAAGGCAAUGAUGAAGUCAGGGGCAGACUGGAAGAUGGCGUCAAGGCAGUACUCAAGGGCGUUGUUGAAUGCUCUCAGCAUCAAAAUGUUCAAAGAAGAUUUUGGGAACAGUGCUCCUAAGUCACAGUCCAUGGAGUUCCCUAUAGCAAGGAAGAAAGCUAAGAUACUUGAUUCUCCCAAGAACAAAUCAAUGGAGCUUGGCAUCUCUAAAACCUAUAAACCCUCAGGUCUAAGAAACUAA